AUGUGCCGACUUCGUCACGGACGCCGACGUGGAACACCGGAGUUUGGCGCGGUGCCUGCACAAUUACGAGGCCGUGACGAAGGUGCGUCACCCAUACGUCGAGUCCGUGCUGGUCACGACCGCAUUCACGUGUGCACUCGAUCUGUUUCUUUACGCACUGGAGUACUACCACCGGUCGGAAACCGUGCUGUUGCAGCAGGAACAAGCGACGGCAACCAAAGCCAAGAAAUUGCAGUGAGGAAAUUAUAUGAACUCAAGACAGUGGUGUGUGAUGAUGCCCUAGAAUUUACUUCUGGACAUGGAUCUAGUUCUAGAAGCCGCCUACGGUGUACCAAAGGCACAAAGUAUGGAUCGCUGCUACCAGCAUUGGCUCGUCUUGUUGGAAGCCUCGCGCGACCUGGGGCUGUUCGUAUCUGUGUACUGUAUCCAUAUAAAAAUGCUACGAUGUUGACAAUAAUCUCUCUACUUACUUUCGGUAUUCUUUUUCCUACAAAAGGUGUGGCACACCGGUGA